AAUUUUCAAAAUUAGCUCUUUUCGAGUUUGAAAAUGGAAGAGCUGAAGAGGAAAACCGAUAUCAUGUUGCGUUCUGUCCUCGUUAGUGUGGGUCGCACUGGACUUGCACUCCGAUGGUUAGACAAGGAAUACAAAAGCAUUACUUACUCCGCAAUUCCCUACCAAGAAAUGGGCUUCUCAAGUCUCGAAAAAUACAUUAAGAGCAUUCCAGAAGUUGCUACCCUUUCAAGAGAUGCCGAUGGAGAAUAUGUGGUGCACGGAGUUCCAAGCGAGGCGGAUAAACACGUAGCGAAACUCAUUGCAAAGCAAAAGAAGCCAAAAAGGAAAGCGAAAGCAAAGGCCAGACGGCCGGUACAUGCGUCGAUGCACAAAUCAGGUGUGGGGAGAUCAGUGGCUCUACACAGGGCCCCGGUAAGGAAGUCCCCGCAAGCAGCAUCUUCUCGAGUAGGUGUUGCACCCUCCCGAGUAGGAGUAGCUCCCUCUCGAUUUGGUACAACACCUCGGUUUGUUCCGCCUCGGAUGAUGAGGGCUCCGGGCACGAACACAUCUGUAGACAGGAAUGGGGUAGAACAACAAAUUGCCCAACAAAUUCAGCAGCAGGCUAAAAAUAUGGUGGCUGCUUCACUAAAUAGCUCCAGAACAGUUCAGUUAAAUAAAUCACAGCUAGGUUUAUUUGCGAGUUUACCUCAGCAGACUGCAGUCUGUGGAAAUAAGAUCAAUGGAAUGGCUUCAAACAAUAGACAAGUUACUGUGGUCUCUCGCCAAGGUAUAAGUGUUUGUAACUGGUAAUAGAUUUCUGUGUAACCCCAUCCUCUUCCAAACCAAAGCAGUAGUCCCAAAGGAAAUCAAUUGUUUUCCUCAUUGAUUUUUUUUUAUCCAAGAAUGGCAUGCAUGAUAAACUAUGGGGUUGUGCAGAAAUCUUGCCACAGCUACUUUGAGGGGAGUUCUAUGCAGGAAGAAAUCAAGGAAGAUCUUUUUUAUAAUUGAUUAAGAAAAUAGCCAAUUUGAAAUGGCAAGAAUCAUUAUCUCCAAACACUAUUUCUUAUUGACUGAGCAGGAGGGCGGGCAGCGAAAUAUUUGGCUUAAGGUCAUGACCUAUGGACCCAGGACUGUAAGCAUGACAAAGAGCUAAAUAUAUUCCUAGGUAAUUUAGUAGUAUUAUCUGAGUUGGUAAAGUAAAUUGGCCACCUUAAAGAGUUACAAAACUGACAUUUUGAGCAUUAGCCCUUAGUCAGAGUGAAAGGCAAAAGGUGUUAUUUGCUUUGACAAAGGGUUAACAUUAAAAAAUAUCAGCUUUUAAACUCUUUAUGGUGGCCAAUUUACUGUAUUAGCUCAGUUGAUAAAAUUAAAUUACCCUGUUAUAUUCUCCCACUGAUGCAGUACCACAGUUUCUCUAGAAAAUUACCCCCUUUAUUCAAGUAUAUUCCUGCCUGAUGUGACUAAAUUCAGUCAAUAAGUAUCUUACCAUAUGAGGGCUAAGUUUGAAAAAAAUUUGAACCUGUUUAAGACACAAGCAAAGACACAAGAAGGGUGUAUGCAGGGCAUCUAUAAAAGAGAUUCUAAAUGAAGAAGAAUUUUUCCUCUCUUUCUCUGAGUCAGAACAAGAAAAUCACAAUCCCAAAAAGAAACUUAUUUCCUCAUUUUUGUUCACUUUCAAGUUUAAGUCCAUAACGAGAAUUCUUGUUUUUGGACAGGCUCACAUCAGCCUGUGUGGUCCUACACUGGUCAGCUUUGUGAUGCUUUUUCAUAGGAUUUCAUAGUUUAUUGCAAAUUUCCCCCAUACCAUGUAUGCAAAUUUGCCCCCUGUAGUAAAACAUGUUUGCCCCCACCUAUACCUUUACCAAUUUGCCCCCAAAUAUUUCAAUGGCAGAACCACAAUGUGCAUUAAAAAGAAGGAUUAAGUUCAAAUUUUGUAUGUGAAGGUUUUGUAUUGGUUCUAUCUACAUUUUGUAAGGAAAUAACAGUUUUAAUGAACAUAUAGCUUCACCUUUACUAUGCUAUAUUUUAGAGGAGCCUCCUCACAGGAAAAACUGGAAAAAGAAAGCAAAAAGUCAAGGUUUGUUGAGUUAAUCGUUUUAUUCCUAAGAUUUAAACCUCAAUUCUCAAAGAUAUUUGCCAUAUAUGUCUUAUAGUUUUAGAUCCACAAAGUUGGUUUUUAACCCUUUAACUCUCAAGAUCUAAUUGUUAAUUCUCCCCUCUAGCUUCUACACAUUUCCUUGUAAAUUUGUAAGGGGAAGUUGGUGUCAGACUAAGAUAAUGACUUCUACCAGAUAAUAUUGAGUGUUCUCAUCACCCUUUUGUGAAUAGUGUAUGGAUAUCAUAGGGAGAAGUUACAAGUUAAUCACCAGGGAGUUAAAGGGUUAAUUGUAAAGUGCCUUAUAGCUGAUACAUUCCUUUCUUUCAUUACCUUCUGCUUCAGAAAUUUGUCUUGGGUCAAGAGUGGGAGUAAAAACUGAAGCAUUUUUCUCUUGAUACAGUUUUCUUAAAAAUCAAUGCCUGUUGAUGAGAUUGAUUUAUUAAAGACAUAUUUAGGAAAAAACCAGCAGCUUUCUGAAUGCGUGAUGACCAAUUUUUUUUUUUUAUAUAAUCAAGGUGUGAAACAUUUCUGUGACAAACAUGGAUUAUUUCUGAGUUAGGACUUGCUUUUUUACACUGCAGGAAGUGGACCAAAUUGGGGAGGAAUGGAAGUGACUUUUGAGAGUGGCCAUGAAAAUCAAAAUGAAUCUUUUAAGCGUACAGUCAAAGUGUCAAACUCUCCCAGUGCUCAAGUUGACUCUUUAAGUAAAGAAGGUAAUAUUAAAAUCUCACUAUCAUCAAUUAUAUAUAGCAAUAUUGAUAUAAGCUCAGAUUUUAUGUCACUGUUAGAUAAAUUUGAACGUAUUUAAGAUACUUAAGCAUAUCUCAAUCAUUCUCUCCUGUCAGAAUUGGAAAUUUAUUCCAGAAUUAAGAAGGUUAGUGCCAUUUUGAAUUUGCUUCAUACUAAUCCUGAAUGAAAAUGCCUCACAAGGGGUUUUCCCUGUUCUGUACAAGGAAUUGAGCAAGGUCUCUAUCAUUUGUUUAUCUUCUCUUGUUUCCAGAAACUCCCUUGAUCCAAAACUAUUAAAGGAUGUCUGUCUCAAUUCUUUAAAAUUAACUUCUCACUUUCACUGAAAAACUUAAUAGCUCUCCUGUUUUUGUUAUGACAUUAUUAAGAAAUUCCUUGUACCUCAAAAGUAAAUGGCCAUGUUCCUUUGGCUUCUGUUAAAGCCCUCAUAGGCUUAACAUUUGAACUGCUAGAAGUGAUUAACAUGUAACUUCUCCCUACAAUAUCCAUACAUUCUCCUGUAAACGGGUGAUGAGAAUACUCAAACUUAUCAGGUAGAAGUUGUUAUCUCGAUUUAACACCAAGUUCUCAUAACUAAUUUACAAGGAAAUGUGUAGCAGCUACAGGGGAGAAUUAACAAUCAGAUCUUGGGAGGUAAAGAAAGGGAGGGCUCACCCUUUGCUCAAAGUUCGCCCUGUUUUAAACUGCAGAUGUUGGAGCAAAAACCAAAAGGGAUCUGGCUGACGAGAAUUCCAGCAGAGUACAAGAAUAUAUACCAUGAAGAACUACACAGUGAAACUUUAGAAAACCUGAGACAUCUACCUCACAUAGCAAGAUGGGAGAUGUAAGUAUUAAUUGCAAUUACAAUUUUUGUAAAAUAACAGAGAAACUAUUGGGUGUCCUGAUUGGUCAAAAACCUAUCAUUAUUGCAACAGUAAACACAUAGUUAUUUUAAAAUGGCAAUGGAUCCUCACUUUUUAUUGGUUUACUGGUGUAAUAGCCCAUUUGGGAUGUCGAGGACAGUACACAAGAGGACAGAAGACAAGAGGAUAGAAGACAAGAUUGUAAAUCACUCAUCUCCAGCACUUGAUUUACAGUGUGACACAUAUAGCUUGGAGUACUGAGUAAUAAGGGAAUCAUAGCAAUAGCCCUUUAACUUCUGUGAGUGAUGAAGACAGAAUUUCUCCUUACUAUAUCUAUACAAUAUCAUGCAGACAAGUGAUGAGAAUAAAGAAAAAUAUUAAUUAUGGGAUCACUAAUUGAUCUGAUACCAAAUUCUCCAAACUAACAUAAUGAGAAUUAUUUGGCAGACAGUAAGGAGAAUUUCUAAUGAGAUCAUUGGAGUUAAAGGGCUGGUUAGAACAUGUUAGUUUUCGGUGGAAAGAGAAAUCUGUCUCAUUCCUUUGCUUCGGAAAGAUAUGAGUCAGAACUUAAUGUAAUUCUCUGUAAGAACUCAUGCAAUUUUUUUGGUUGGCCAGUUGCAUUGACUUUGAUUUUAAAUGUAAUUUAUCGCCAGGUUUCCUGGAGAUAACAUCAUUGUUUAUCCUCCUAAACUGGUGAGUUUAUAAAAUUAAACUACUGCAGUUUUGAUGUAAUAUGCUUCUUUAAUUUUUGGAUCAGGCAAUCUUAUUUUAUGUACAGGAAUUUCAGCAAAAUUGCAUAAACAAGGUUGAAUUCUUAAUAAAAAAAAUCUUAUUUGAUAGAAUAGAAAAAAAAAAUUGGUUCUUAAGCUCUUAAUCAAGGGCUAGGUUGUUCAAAGCUGGGCUAAGAUAACCCUGGGUUGGUGUGAAAUCUGAUUUUAGAUUGGAAAGUUUAGAUGAAAAAUUAAGUAUAUUUUUUUUUUUGUAGAAUUUGCUCUAAAAAGAACAGAGAAAAUUAUCCUCUCUUAUGUUGGUUUCAAAUAAACUUGUAAAGUGAUGAAUAAAUGACUGUAAAUAUAUGAAAAUCUUAUCUGUAAACUGCAGACAAAGAGGCAAUAUGAAAGGGAUCUUCCUAGUAAUGAACACUGUAUUAGUGAAAAUCAGGCAUAAAAAAAUAAUGCCUUUGUUGUGAAUCCUAUGAUAAUGUAUAAACUUUGAUUCCUAAAAGUAUCAUGGAUUAUAGUUCCCUGCUUGACUAAAAUACCCCUCCCUCCUUUUUAGCUGGAGGAAAAACCAAAGGUCAGCCACACACAACCACAUCAGGCUAAUGGAGGUAAGAUAUUAGUAAAACUUUACCCUUUACAGCCUCACAUCAGUAUUCACAUUCUCAAUACUACUCCCUAUAUAUUUCUUAGGGUGCUGACUGAGAGAAUUUGUUUAACAAUCAGGAUCUUCUUUAGUUUGUAACAGUUUUCUUUAUUCCCAUGACUGUGAUAUUUGAUUCAGCAGUGAAAGUGUAAUGAGAAAUUAUAUUCCAGUCAGUCUAUGGGGUUGAAGGUUUAUUAAGAACUUUAUUUAUUUAUUUUUAUUUAUCCAUCAUCAGUAUGAUGUUUAUCCUCAGAUUGGCCACAGAGAUGGGUGAGAUUGCUCCAAAAGCUUCCAAAAACCCCAAAGAGUGAUUAGCAAACUAUUUUCUCCCAUCAGAAUCACCCCUAAAACAAACAUUGAGGCCAUGAGAAUAAAGAAAAUGAUCACCAACCUGAGAAGCUUUGAUUGUUAAACAAAUUCUCCUUGUCAGCACCUUAGGAAAUGUAUAGAGAACAGUAUGGAGAAUAUGUCCACUGAUGUUAGGGUGUAAAGGAUUAAUUAAUACUGCAUUACUCAGUUUAGCAACAGCCCUAUCAUGGAGAGAAGCCCAAGUGAAGGCCGCUGUGGCCUUUUGUUAAAUUUAUUCUGAGCUCACUUUAUAAAUUUGACAACUUUUCUUUCUUAAACCUUUAAUUCCCAUGAGUGGCCAAAAUAUAAUUUCUCCUUAAAAUAUCAAUACAAUAUCAACUAGAUGAGUGAUGAGAAUUAAGAAAAAUUUAAUUUGGGGUUAAUUAGUUGAUCCAAUACUAAAUUCUCUGAACUAACAUUAUAAUAAUUGUAUGGUUGAUAGUAAGGAGAAUUACAAAUUUGAUCUGAGGGUUAAAGGGUUAAUGGUGUUCUUUAUGAUAGCUACAUGAUUUUUAAUCAUAAUUCACUUAAUAUCUUUUUCCACCAAAAUUAAUUUUAAAAUUGAGGUGUGGCCUACACAUGGGUGCAGCCUAUUUGCAGGUUUUAAUACUAAUCAACCAGGGGUGCCUUUGAUCCUUUUGUUCCCAAGAUCUUGAGAGGAAUUCUCCUGACCUUGUGCCAUAUAUUUCUGAUAAUGUAAGUUCUGAGAACUUGACAGUGAUCAAACUAACAUCUCCUAGUAGAUAGAUUGAAUCCUUCAUUGGUAUUAAAUUUCUGUUUGUUCUUUGAUCCAAACUGAAAUGCGAUUUUUGAUGAAAUUUGUGUAGGUUCACCACAACAUAUUGAAAUUUAUGCACUGAGACUGCAAGAUCUUCCAGAAAAAGGGUGAGUUAAAAUAAAACAGUUGUCCAAUAUGCAUCUUUCUUUGUUUAAAGGGACAUAUUAUCUAGGUUCAUGUCAUAACCUUGAGCCAAAUAUUUUUCCAUCUGUCCCUUCCACUCAGUCAUUAAGUAAUACUAUGAUUAUUUUUAAUGUGGAUUCAUUUUGUCUCAGAACUGCAACCGAGGUUUCCAUUUCACAUGUGGAUAGUCCUGCUCAUUUUUUUAUUCAUUACAAGCACACAUGGGAUUCACUUGAUGCUCUGAGUGCCGAGUUAAAUGAAUUUUUUCAGGUAAAUUAAGAGUCAUUUAUAACAAUCUUCCAACUUUUAACAUAAACAAUGAAAGAUCAAAAUUAUGAAGUUAAUCAAAACUGUAAUCAACCCAAUUUGAGAACUAAUGGGACAGUGGAAAAGUGGACAGUUUAUGCAUAAUACCUGUGUAAACAAUUUAUAUUACUGCUGAUCAUGAUGAGAAUAGUGUUCUGGUUCUUCAAAGGUGUCAUGCAAUCCCACAUGAUUCCUGCUUAAACCUCAUUUUCCCAAACAACUUUACUACCAGUAUUCAGUGUUCAAUUUUUUCCUGUGCCCUGCCAUAAGCCUUACUAAAAGAUUGAAAUGUAGGUAACUGUUUUGAAGACCAAUAAAUGUAGGGAGUGAGUUUUUUAAAGAAACUGUGAUCCUGCAUCAGUGAAGGGUAUUACAAGGUAAUUUAUGAAUGAAAGUGAUCCUCGCAGUGAUGUGCACUACUUAGGCAGUAGUGAAAAUAAGGCCUGAAAAAAAAAAUUCAGGCCUGUACGGGAUUUGAACCCAUGACCUCUGCGAUACCGGUGCAGCGCUCUACCAACUGAGCUAACAAGCCAACUGGGAGCUGGUCAUGUUGUUGGCUUGUUAGCUCAGUUGGUAGAGCGCUGCACCGGUAUCGCAGAGGUCAUGGGUUCAAAUCCCGUACAGGCCUGAAUUUUUUUUUUUUCAGGCCUUAUUUUCACUACUGCCUAAGUAGUGCACAUCACUGCGAGGAUCACUUUCAUUCAUGUCUUUAUCCGCAGUUCAAAUAUAUGACUUUCAUAUAUUCUUAAGGUAAUUUAGUUUUACAACUGAGUUGACAGUCUAAAUUGGCCACUGUAAAGAGUUCCUAAAGGUGACAUUUUGAGUGUUAGCUCUUGGUUUGAUGAUGAUAUUUUAAGACUAUCAUGACUUUCCUCAGAAUCCCUCCAAUGGAAAGGAUCCUUUACCUUCACUUAAACAAGGAAUGUUUUGCUGCGCUCAAUUCACGGAGGAUGAUGCAUGGUAUCGAGCAAGAAUUACAGAAAUGAAAACUCAAGGAGAUGCCGCUCAGGCCCAUGUUAUUUAUGUGGACUUUGGUAACAAUGAAAUAUUACCAGUAUCAAGACUUCGCAUGCUGAGGAGAGAACAUGCAGAACUGCCAAUGAUCGCUGUGUUAUGUGCACUGGAUGGAGCUCUCCCUACUGGUGGGGUAAGAAAAGAACUUAUUCCUUUUCCUCCCAUGAAUGACUCAAUACAGAAUUUCUCCUCACAGUAUUGAUACAAUAUCAAGCAGAAAAGUGAUGAGAAUAUGGAAAAGUAUCAAUUAUCCUAUAAUCUGUUAAACUAAUACCAAAUUCUCCAAAUUUAUAUCAUAUGAAUUGUAUAGCAGACAGAAAGGAGAAUUAAUAAUGAGAUCUUGGGAGUGAAAGGGUUAAGUGGUGAAAAUUUUGCAUUCAAGCUAUGUGACAAAUUUUAAAAAAUUUGUUCAAAAUGCAUUUCAAAGUGUGUGGUCUGAAAAAAAAUCUACUCAAUGUGAAACAUUUUUGAUUUUACAGGGAAAAAAGUGGAGCAUGGCCUCAAUAGAGAGAUUUCAGGAGCUUUGUUCUGCAUCUGAAGUUUUGCAUAUGAGAGUUGUCAGAGGGGAAGGUAUGGAAAAUUUAUUUUUCCUCCUAGAAAUUACUUAAAAGAAUCUUAAGAGUAUUACCUCUCAAGAUCUGAUUGUUAAUUUUCCUCUUUAAUUGCUAAACAUUCUCUUGCAAGUUAGUUUCAAACUAUAAUUAUCAUUUUAUAACUUUCUCUGAAAAUUUUGUGGCCUGAAAUUUUUUCCUUCUUGCCAUGUCAACCAAAAUGGUUGCAUCUGGGAGGGCUGAUAACAUGUGUUGCUUUGGUUAGUGUCACUUACAGAAUUAAUUUUCCUGCUUUGUUGGCAUUUGGCUUGACACUGCUUGGUAAUCAUCACAGGAGGUCUUUAUUUCAACAAAGUAAAGAUCUGAGACAUUGAAUACAAAAUUUGUAUAUUUUGAAUUUCUUAGUGAGUAAUUUUACUGCCAUAUGAACUUUGUAAUAGACCUCACUCUGUGGAGUCUCUGUGGUUAGUGGUUAGUGGUUAGUGCUCAGUGGUUAGAGCAUUGGAGUGUGGAAUCUGAAGGUCUGAGGUUCGAUUCUUCAUGUGGACUCAGAAUUUUUUUCUUUGUCCCAUGUUUGUGACAAAGAUGAAAAAAACAUCCUUCUCUUUUUCUUUACCAAGCUCAAAGCUUACCAUCUCUCAAUUCUAUCUACAAACAUUACACUAUCGACAUUGCUGAUCCUAGCAGUAUGCAGGAGGCGUGUGAUAUGGAGCAUCAGAGCUCGGAAUCCAAAGGUCUGAGGAUUGAUUCCUCAUGGAGACUCAGAUCUUUUUUCCUUUGUCUCACACUUAUGACAAGAUGGAAAAAACAUAUUUCUCUAAUUUUAAGAAUGUUAUCACAUAUGAAUUAAAAGUUUUAAAUGAGGAAAACAAGAUCUAUCCCUUAUACUUACAAUGGUUGAUUUGCUUUCUUUCUCUCAUAAGGCCACCAUUUGUAUGUUGACCUCAUGGAUUCAAAGGGGAACAGUGUUGCUGAUACUUUGGCAAAAGAAGGCUGUGCAUUGUUGCAAAGGGAUACAGACAGUUCAUCAACCUCAUCAUCAACAAAAAGCUCAGUGUCUACCUCAUCUGUAACUCCAUCUUCUUCAACAGAUUCAUUUGUGUCAGUGACAACAACAACAUCGUCAGAGUCAUCAUUAGGUCAAAGUAGCACAGUGUCCACUUCAGACAGUGCCAGGUUUGUUAUUUUUCCAGAUUCAACAGGGCGUGAAAUUGCGCCUAAUACAGGCGCCAAUGCGACUAAAUUUUUCACUUUGGCGACCAAAUCCUGAAAGUUAGUCGCCAAAUUGGUGACUACAAUGCUUCAUCAUAACCUUACCAAGAGAUAUAGUGAAUUAAAUAAAUUUGCAAAGACAAAUCUGUGGCAAACUUCCUCGUUAAGUUUGUUUCCAAAACGUAGCACAUGCAUCUCGAUCGAUAACUAGACGCCAUCUUGGAUUUAGAUGAGCCUGAAAGUUGUAUAUCAUCCAUCCUAGUGUCCACUUUGUAGCACGUUAAAGAUCUUUUCCCUAACUUAAUUUUAGAGGGUCUAUCUAGAACGCUGACAGCGUAAAGAAAGAUUUUGUUUGUCUUUGAAAAUGCCGACCAACUUUUUUUGAAUUGGCUACCACUUUGAAGAAUUUAGGAGCCAAGUGGCUAUCAGAAAAAAAAGUUAAUUUCACGCCCUGUUCAAUAUAUAGUGAGCUUAUGUGCCAGAUGGCCCAUUCUCUCAAGGGCUAUUGCAAUAUCAUCAGUUUAAAGAGGUGUGGUAAGUGACGUUUUGACAACCUGAGCAGAAGUCAUCAUCAGAGUCAAAUGAAUAGUUGCUUUCAGGUGAAUAGUUGUUGUCAGGCGAAUGUUCUAAGUCCAGUUUGUAUAAACUGAUUUGUCAGUUUUCAUGUGAUGUUAUCGGCUGUAAGACUCAAGUGGCAGAAGUUGGUCAUGAGUGAUCGGUUUUGAUCAGUUGGUAAAGUUAGGUCUUUCUGUCAGGUUUGUUUAUAAUGUUAAUGUCUGAUAAGGGUUUUCAUUAUUGAUUAACUUUCAAGUGCACUUUUCUAGUCCAUGGUUAUUGCUAGUACAUCUAGUUCUAACAAAAUAAUUUUUUCCCCAGGGGUAGAAAAGAAGGUGGAGAUUCUGAGGAAAGAAAACCAAUUGCUCUUGCAAGGCCUUUUCUGAGACAUAGACUCUCGUCUAAAGAUGAUGAGUCACAAAAAAUUCCUGGUUUGUAUCAGAAUGUUGCUAAUGAAGACUUAGCCAUAGAAAACUUUGUUUUUCACCUUCCAACUUAGGAUACCAUUCUGUCAAUGCAACAAUUAAAUAAUUGUCAAACUGUUGUUUUUUGAAAAUUUAUGCAUUUGGUGAUGCAGUCUUGUGUUUGCAUGUAUGUGCCAUUGAACCCCUUCACUCCCUGUGAGAAUAUUUUGUAGGGGAGCAUGUUCCGAGACCCCUGGAACAAGCUCUCAAAUUGUGAGCCACCAAUUCCAUGCACAUACCCAUCUACUCCCUGACUUAUUAAGAAUUCUGCGAUAAUCUGUGUAUGUUGUCGUUUAAGAAGACAAGCAUUCAAUCAUGUUCAAAUUGAUUAUGUAUUUUAAACAUAUGAAGGGGAAAGUAUUGAUUUUUAACUCAUUUGAGGUGUUCAUUUGUUUGUUUUCCAGAGAGGGUACAAAUCCCUGAUGAGGAUUUUUUGGAUGUGUUUGUUUGUAAUGUACACAGCACAGACAACAUUUGCGUCAAUCUAUCAGGGGGAGAAUACACAGUGAGUGUAUUUUUAAGCUACUGCUUUUAGGUUUUAUAUAUAAUGAUGUCAAUAAUUAUCAAAUGAUCAUAUUAAUAGUAUUUUAAAAUGACAAGUAUGCAACUUGAACCCCAGUGGAUGCAAUUAAAAUGUUCUACUCUCUCCCACAUUGUUACCUUUUUGUACAACAACACAGAAAUAGAGUACAAAACUUAUACAAUCCAAGCUGUAAGUUAUGGAACCUUGUUUUUUUUUCACUCAGAGUUAUGGUCCACAUGCUUUGCAAUUGGUCCAUUUCUUAGGGUACAGAUCUUGCACCCAGUUAAUGAGUGGCGUUUUAUAGGUAUCUCAAGAAAUUUGAGAUGUUUGAGACCUUCAUAUCAUGUAGGUGUCCCCCUUAUUAUUGACCUUUUGACAGUAAGAGGGAUUAGCAUCGAAAUUCUCCUUUCAUUACAUCAUGUGGGAUUCACACAUCAAGGUUAUGAGAAUAAGGAAAUGAUCACAAACUAAAGAAGCUCUUGAUCGGUAAACAAAUUCUUCUUCUUGGUUAUUCAUCGUGGUGAAUAACAAUAAAAGCUAAGUUUUUCGUUUGUCUCACAAUGUCAUCACAUGUGAUGUAGAUUGCGACAUUUUGAUUGCAUACUGCUAGUCUUCUUCCAGCGAUGAGGUCAACUGGUCAUGUGUGAUCUUAUAAGCAUGAUGCUCUGCUGUGAUUAGUUGUUUUUCAACAGCUCUUCUUGGUUAGCACUUCUUGCUCUUCUUGGUCGGCACUUUAAGAAAUGUAGAGAGAACAGUAUGGAGAAUAUGCAUACUGAUGUUAGAGUGUAAAGGGUUAAUUUUCACAACUGUUAUAAAUGAAUUCCUUUUAAGGAAAGAAAAAAAACUUUCAUGCCCUUUUCCUUAUAAUUGGUCAUAAUUUUGUUGAUCUGUAUUUCUUUCAAUUUCUGUCAUUCAGGAGAAACUACUUGCUUUGGAACAGAGUAUGUCAUGUCACUAUGACGAUUCAACAGCUGAAGGUUAGCAAAAACAUUCCUUUUUUGUGGAAAUUUAAUGUGCCCAGCCUUAACAAAGAAUAUAAGCAGAGGAGCAAUGAUUAGUUAACUUGCAAAAGCAAUUCAGGAUUGCAGUGGUUCACCUUUGCCGGUUGUGACUGGUUUAGGAAAUUCAUGCCACCAGAGAGCUUCUUGAUUGAGAGUUGUAAAACCGACAUCAAAGUAAUCACAUCAGCCAAUCAGAAUAGAGAGAAAUACUCUUAAGAACCAAUUAGAAUUCAGAGUGAAACCAAGCAAACUUCCCAAAGCGCAGGAAAACAUGGGUGACUAGGUUGUGAUUGGUUUUUACAGGUAUUUAGUUUCUGAUUGUUUGAAAGUGUGACCUAAGUUUUCUGGAUUAAUCACAUAGUGAAAUAAAGGAAAACUAUUACAAUCUUGCAUUACCUUGGACACUCAGUCGAAAAUGGCUCUGUCUUAAUCAAUCAGAUGCAAACCAAAAUCAAUUACAGCCUUCAAUUGUCAGUUGAGUUUUCCCAAGACAUUCAAAAUACAUGAAGUGCGACGAGAUUAAAAAACAAACUGAAAAAAAUACCUUCUCACUUAGAUUCUGUUUUCCAUUGAUUCCUCAAUUUUUUUUUUUGCUUUGCUUUCUUUCUUUGUUUGGUUCUUUAUUUUCAUUACAUUAUUUCACCAAUUUUGCCAUUGUUGCUCCAUUUUUUUACAAGAUAAGAAAGCCCAUACUCUAUAAGCUCCAUAGUUUCUUUGCUUUGACCUCUCUCUCCUUUUCACUCCUACACAUUAAAUACAGUAUUUAUAGUUCUACGGUGGCCAAAAAAAAGUGAUUAAAAGAACAAUUGUGAAAACUUAUCUUAAACUUUUCACCUGUCCUCUUGUUUACAUUUUGUUUGAUUUAGCACCAGUUAAAGCCAUCCCUGGAAGCAUAUAUGCAGUAUAUUCACAGGAUAUCCAUUCAGAUGGUCUUUGGUAUAGGGUCAAGGUGCUUAAAGUAAAGGGAGACAAGGCUCAUAUAGAAUACAUGGACUACGGGGACAAAGGAGUGAUACCAAUAUCUAGCUUACGAAGUAUUCCUUCCAGAUUUUUGGAAUUACCCUUCCAGGUUUGUGAUAAGUUCUUCUGGUUGUGGUUUUAUUUUGCCAGACAAUAUUUAUAUAAUAGAGCUCAAUGCACUACAGGAACUUGGUUGCUAGAUUUAAAAGCAGACUAUCUUUGGGACAGUAAAUAAUGCCACUUUUCUGAUAUUAUUUUUGUCGUAGUUUGUUAAUUUUUUCUGUUUUAAGUAAGUAAAGGACUUAAGCAACAAGGCUCUGUUGUUCAAAGGGCAGAACUCACUCUCCAAUGGAUAAAUCAUCGUCCAGCUGACAAGUGUUAACCCUUUCACUCCUGUGAUCUCAUUGGUAAUUCUCCCUGCUUUCUGACACAUAAUUCUUAUGAUGUUAGUCAGGAGAAUAUGACAUUGAAUGAACUACAAGUGAUAAUCCCCCAAUUAUACUUUUUCCUCAUUCUCAUCACUUGUCUGCUUGACAUUGUAUUGAUAUUGUAGGGAGAAAAACAGUGUCUCAGUCUCCAGUGGGAUUUAAAAGGUCAACAAAACAUACUGGAUUAAGAUUAAUCCUGUAGACUACAUUGUUCUAAUCAGGUUAACCCUUAAACUCGCAGAUCAAAUUUGUAAUUCUCUGACUGUCAACUGUACAAUUCUUAUAAAGUUAGUUCAGAGAAUUUAGUUUUGUAUCAACUAAUUAUUCCCAAAUUGAUAUUUUUCUUUAUUCUUAUUGCUCAUUUGGUUGACAUUGAAUUAAUAUUGUAAGGAGAAAUUCUGUUUUGGUCACUCAUGGGAGUUGAGGGGUUAAGCACUAUGAUCUUAAAAUUACUUGAUGUGUAAGGUUACCUUCAAACUCUUUUUGUGCUGAAUUCCUCUGUAAGAAUUUGUCUGUUUGUGAACAGUGGGGUUUCUUACCGCUGGACCUACCUACUGAGUCUCAUCACAUUGUUUUUUUCCAAGGCUUGCACUGUUAGCCUCCAUGGACUUCCUAAAACAAAGAAUGAUGAAGUUCUGUUGAAAGUGAAACACAUGACGCUCAACAAAGAUAUUGUGGCCCAAGUUAUACAAAGGUAUGAACUUGUGCACUGCAUGUACAGUUUAAGUGUAAGGGUUAGUGAAGUCUUUCAGCACUGCAAAACAGACUGAUGUCAGCAUGCAACCCACUGGCAAAUGGAUUGAGCAUAUUAGCCAAUCAAAGGGUGCACUUUUGUAAAGCUAUAUUAUAAAUUGUUAAUGGUGAUGUCAUCCAAGCAUCUGUCCUCCGAUAGAUCAUGAGUAACAACCAAUCAAAAUGCAUGUAUAAUUCGGCUUCAGUUAUCAAGCUGAAAUGGAUUUUGUUUGUGUAAUGCAUUAAACAUUUUCUUUCUUGUGUCUGUAGGGAUGGAAAUACAGCAUCAGUAGAAUUAUAUGACACUUCUUCCGAAGUUGAUAUCAACAUCAACGCAAUGUUACAGCGGUUGGUCAUUCCAGAUGUGGAUAUGGCUCCAGUCCUUCCCAAGGUAAAAGCUGUAACAGUAUCAGAGAGGAGGACUUUUAGAGAUGUUAUGUUAAAAAUAAGAGAAAAUUUCAGUGAGGGGCGCUAAGGUAUGCUUUUAUAGUAAUUGUUCAGGGUAAAACCAUAAUUAACAAUUAUUCCAGUAGUGUCCAUUGGACAUGACAUGAUAGUUGGCUUAAUCAUCUCAUUUCCAACAAGCAGAAGUAAAAUAAUUGUUUUAUUAAAAACCUCUCAAAAUAUAGAUAAAUCUUCCCAACUUUAUUUUGUGAGAGCAAACAGAAUGUUACAUUGUACAAAAACACUUCUGGUUUAACUCAUUUUCGUGCAUGGGCAUGGUAUAAUGACUCAUAACCCAUGAUGGCUGAGCUAAUUAAAACUCUUCAAUUGCAUUAUCGAAUAAGGAUCUUGCUGCACUUGGUCUAUACAAAAACAACCAAAACCCAAAGCAGGGAAGCAGUUUUAGUCAUUAUAUGGCACUUGGACCAAACUUGUUUACUUCGAAUUUGCCAGCUUUUGCUGCCAAAAAUACACGGCUUAUGGCCAUUUCCAUGGAAACAGUCUGUAUGACAAAAUACACACCAAGUAUGAAGUAAUCAGAAUGCUCAAGCAAGGAUUUACCAGAGGACUACCUCGCCGUAUAGUGACAUGGAUUAUUUUUCUGUUUUGUUAGGUUGGAGAGCAAAUUGAAGCAUUUGUGACUUAUAUUACACCAGAGGGUCAUGUGUUCAUACAGAUUCCUGGUGGGGGCACUACAAGGUUGAAUGAACUUAUGGAAGACAUUGCUGAACAUUACUCACAGGUAAAUUUGGUUUAGAAUUAUUAUUCCACUAUUAUGCUAUUUUCUCAUAUUUGGGCAAUGGAACUUGAAAAAUAUGCUACAGUAUUGCAGGUAGGGCAUGGCAAAAAUAUGAAUGGAAAGUGGGAGAACAGAAUGGCCUUACUGCAGGAUCCACAUUUGGCUACAUUCCUUAUUUUAGGCUUGACUUAAAGAGCAAUGAACUUUAAAGUCCAUCAGAAUUUUUUUUGCUAGGUUAAAAAAAAAAUUCAGUGGUUUUGCUUUUGCUGUUUGUCUUUCAUGCAGGCUGGUUUUGAUCAAUACUAUGCUUAAAUGGAUCAUAGGAUGUAGAGAUUGAAAUAAUUAUGGAUGUAUCCAUUAUUCAAUGAUUUAACACAUAACAAGGGCAGAUCUUUUGCACAUUGCUCUCAUUUUUCUUUGCCUAUACAAGGCUUGGAAACAGUGUGCAACUUGCAAAAUAUCUGCCCAUGUUAUAAAUUAAACCAAUGAAUAAAGUGUAUAUAUAUAUACAUAUUUUUUUUUAGCCCAGUGUGACAUGAGUAUCAAAAUAAAGUGAUUUUGUUGUAAUACUUUUGCCUCAACAUCUGAAUGUGACUUUUCAAAAUAAUAAAAAUUCUCAACCUUUAUUUAGUAAGUUAAAUAAGAAAAUUUGAUGACACCCUCCUACUGAUCAGAGUAUCUCUUCUCAUUAGCUAUUUUCUGGAUAAUUUAUUGCCAAUAGUUAGGAGAAGUAGGAAUGUAAUCAUUGUGUUUAUUUCUAAUUGAUUUUCAGCCAACAAAGGCUGCUGAGUUUGUAUCCAGUCCCCACAAAAACAAAAUGUGCUGUGCAAAAUGUUCAGAUGGGGUCUGGUACAGAGCCAUAGUGACAAAUGUAUUGCCAGACAGACAGGUAUUUCCUCUACAGAGAGUGAUGAUGACAUGUUCCAAAUGAUAAGUUAUACAUUGACGAUAUUAAAAUUCGUGACAAGUUUUUAAAACAUUGUUUGUCUCAAUUGGGAUGAGUCACACUUGAAGAAUCACCCUGAGAGUGACUAGCAUCUAAUUUCUCCUUACAAUGUCACACCUGAAUCACACUCUGUGAUCAUGAGAAUUAAGGAAAUCAUCAUGAACUCAAGCAGCUCUUGGUUGUUAUACAAAUUCUCCUUGUCAGCAUCUUAGAAAUUGUUUAGAGAACAGUAUGGUGAAUAUGCACACUGAUGUUAGGGUGUACAUUUGGGCUGAGUGCUCUAUCUUAUGAGGUUGGGUUCUUUGUUUCACAGAGGCUCAGAUCAUUUAUUUCAUUAGAGUUUUAAACUUUGUUUUUCUGUGAGAAGGUGACGUAAAUAUAGAAAACCUUUUGAACAUCACUGAGAUAUUAGAGCUGACAUUAAUUGUGUUUGGUUGUAACUGUGGUUUGUUUGUAAUAUGUUAAAGGUCGAAGUGCAGUAUGUCGAUUUUGGAAACAUAGAAGCACUUCCACUAGCAAGUCUGCGUGAACCAACAAGGGCCAUAAGUCAUGUCAACUCUCUUCCUUUCCAGGUACUCCACCCCACUUGUCUCUAUGUGCCGUGCUCUCCCUCCCCUGACAGAUACUCCACUCCACUUGCCUUUUGUUGUCUCCCCACCUGUCAUUCUCUCUCCUUUUAGGUACCUCACCCCCAUGUCUUAUUGUGUCUCUGCCUUGCUGCUCUCUUCCCUUACGGGUACCCCUCCCUAUUUGUCCUCACCCUCCCUCGCUCUCUCUUCUUACGAGUACCCACUCCACUUGUUGUGUUCCCUUCCCCCCUUGCUCUCUUCCCUUACAGGUACCCCUCCCUAAUUGUCUUUUUGUUUCCCACCUCACUGUGUUCCCUUUAAGGUACCCCACCCUCAUGCCUUAUUGUGUCCCUCCCUUGCUGCUCUCUUCCCUUACCAGUACCCCUCCCUACUUGUCUUUUUGUUUCCCUCCCCUCACUCUCUCCCCUGACAGGUACCCACUCCACCUGUCUCAUUGUGUCCGUGUGCGCCCUUUCCCCUCCCCCCAUCUCUUUCUCUCUUCCCUCACAGGUACCCCUCCCUAACUUACCUUUUGUUUCCCACCUCGCUGUCUUCCCUUUCAGGAACCCCACCCGCACACCUUCUUGUGUUCCCUCUUGCUCUCUUUCCUUCCUCUUCCUUCUCAUCCAACUUUCCUUUUUGUAUUUCUGCCAGCCCUUUGUCGUUGUUGCAGUGAUUUCUUUCAUUUUAGCUUACCUCUAAGUAAGCAGCUUCUCUAAAAUUAAAACUUGAAGAAGGGGUGGUAUUUUAAAAUUUCCUUCUUUUGCAAUUUACGUAGUAUUGUAUAUGAUAAGAGAACUUAUUUAUGGAGUGUAAUUUUGAAUCUAUUUUUUUAUCUGUCAUGAAGGCGUUAGAAUGCAAGCUGGAAGGAACUGAGAAGGUACUCCAUGUAUGCGUUUAAUAUUAUACUCUUUCUCCUUUGCAUUCUUUACAGUAGUGUCUGAAAACUCGCUGAGGUAAAAGGCAUGACUGGUAACUACUUUCUGUUCUUUCCUUAGACCUGCCUGACUGAAUGUUCUUUUUAUUUUUUGUAGCAGGGCCUGACAGAGGAACAGACUGAGACGAUCAUUGAGAGGGAUGUAUUACUUGAGGUUAGAACUUAAGACUCACAGAUAUUUCAAAUAAAUCUCUUUCAUGAUGGUAAGCACGAUUACCAUUCUUUCAAGCGAAUGGAAAUUUAUUCUGACACCAAUUGCACUUGUUGUUUGUAUUUUGACUCGCCGUGGGGACUGGAGACGUAUUUACCCAUGGGUGGAGAGGGGCGAUAUUAUGGCUUUACCCAGAAACACAAUUAACCCCCCAGGUCUUGGACACACACUUACCUCUGUCGGAGACUGGAGCCGAACAAAGUUAAGAUUCUCUUCGCUCUGAUGAAGGACUAACGCUCGAAACGUCAGCUUGGAAACUCAUUACGGAGGCCAGUUUAAAUUAGCAAGUCUGUUGUCAAGUCUGUUGCUAAAACCAAAUUAGCAUAGUAAAGUUUAUUUCUGUGGCUGAAUUGUGCUUGUGAGUGCAAUCAAGUGUUUAUCUCGUCAUCGCGACAUUGUGACUUCUUCCGUGAAAUUUAAAAAUUUAACUGGUUGCUACUGUAUCUGUUUCUUUUUCAGGUUGUUCAGAUGGCAGACGUUCCUUUGGUGAGGCUUUUUAUUUCUUCUGAGAAUGAGGUAGAUGCCUUAGUAAACGUGGGAGAGGUGUUGGGAUUAGAGACAGAAGAACGGAAAGAAACACACAAUGAAGCAGCUGCUGCUGGGUAUGUGGGACUUGGUUUUAAAAUGUAUCAAUUAAAUUCUAUGUUGCCGUUUCAUAAGUAAUCACAGACGACGUCAAAAUUUGAUAAGAAAAAAAAUGGCACACAAGGCUCAACUGUGUGUAUCACUGUUGUUCCUUCCGCAUUUUGACGCCCUCUGUGAUCUCUUACUGUAUAGACCCACGGAAUCUAUUUGUGUUAAAUGAUAAGAAGCACGCCACGCUCGUGACAAGACGAAAAACAUCUUUCUCUAUUUCUUUACCAAGCUCAAAACUUACUAUCUCUCUUAUUCCAUUCAUAAACAUGACGCUAUCGACAUCGCUGAUCCUAGCAGUAUGCAGGACGCGUGUUAUAUGAACUUUGUAACAGACCUCGCUCACCGUAGAAUCUCUGUGGCUCAGUGGUAGAGCAUCGGAGCGCGUAAUCCAAGGGUGUGAGGUUCAAUUCCUCAUGGGGACUUUUUUUCUUUGUCCCACGCUCGUGACAAGACGAAAAACAUCUUUUUCUGAGAAGCAAAGUGUUGUUAACGGUGACAUCUAUGCGUCUAUCCUCCAAGAGAUCAUAAGUGAAAACGAAUCAAAAUGCAUGAACAAUUCAGCCUAUCAUGUAAAAAAUGUUUAUGUUAGACUUGAUUCCAAAGGUCCUCGGUCUUACGCUCGUCUCCUUUUCUUGGUAAUUUGAGGUUCACCCUCUCAGAGGUGCUGUAAACCCUUUAACUCCCUUGAGUGACCAAGAGAGAAUUUCUCCCUACAAUAUCAAUACAAUGUCAGGCAGACAAGUGAUGAGAAUAACGAAAAAUUUGCAUUAGGGAAUUAUUAGUUGAUCUAAUACAAAAUUUUCCGAACUAAUAUCGUAAGAAUUGUAUGGCAGACAUUGAGGUGAAUUACUAAAGAUAAAAAAUGCGUGUUUUAUAUGAACUUAUUUAUGGUUAAGCGUACCUUCAAAUUCUCUUUAGCUCAGUGGUAGAGCAUGGAAUCUAAAGAUUUUCUUCUCCCCUGGUCAUGACAAAGUGAUUAAAAAAAGUUGUCGUUACCUUUCAAUGCGCACUCAAUUUCUUUUGUUUUGUUUUUUUUUUAUCAGAAUUGACAGCACUGCUUUGGAAUAUAAUGAUGAUGACAAAGACAGCGUGACGUCAGAGAGCUCCACAGAGGCCUGUAGGCCAGUAGAUGAUGGCAACAUGACCACAGCGCUCCUCUCCAAACCGUGGGUGGACAUUUGUAUACUGGAGGCUAUUGACCCCAGCACGUUUGUGGUGAGAGCAUGGGUACCCUGUGUCAAUAUAGAUGUACAAUAACACAUAACCAGUCUUCAAAAGUUCAAAUGUCUGGGGAGUUGUCGGGGAAGGGAGCUGCUGAAGCUUCGGAUUGAUAGACGCAGAAUACCGUGUCCUUGCUUGAUGAUGCUGGAAUAAAUUGUUGUUGUUUGUAAUGUUUCUUUGUAUCAUUAUAGUUUCAGUGUUUGGAGCUCCUACAACAGAAGGAGGAGCUUGAAGAGAAAAUGCAGAAAUACUACACAGUAAGUGGUGACAGUUCACUCAAUUUCUCACAGGAGAGGAUUACGAGUCAUGUGCGACUCGUUCGCGCAUGAUCAGUAGGUCCACUCCAUGAAUUGUAGUGCGCUCACACCAAAAAAUAACUGCAACGAAACUUCUUAAGGAUAAAUGAAGGUUAUUUUUAGAAGAAGCUAAUAAGGUGUUAUCUUUUCAGGCACGUUUUUAAGCGGAGAGCUUUAUUUGAAGUGUUUUAAAAUUUCGUAUUCCCUUCAUAGGGUAGAAGCCGAACUCCUUUCAGAGAUAUCAGGCCAGGUGUUUUCUGUGCAGUUUAUCAUGUCGAGGAUGACAUGUGGUACAGAGCAGUGGUCAAUACUUCAUUCUCCCCCCAACAGGUCAGUUUACCGUGGUCUUUACAACAAUAAUGGAUUAGCAAGUUUGUUUGUUCUUUUCUAGACUUCGUCCCUAUCCCCUGGCGUUAAUAUAAACAUUGUUUGUUUGCUCGUUUACAUUAAUUCCUGUUGCCAGACUUGCGUACGUUUUGCUGAUUAUGGAGACUUUGGUCUGGUGUCAUUCGCCAAUUUACAAGCUUUACCAGACGAGUUCAGAGAGCUUCCGCCCAUGGCUAUUCAAGGUUGCCUGCACGGUAUGUAAAUGACUACAAUUUUUAUAUAUGAAUAGAGGGGGUAAGUUUCUAAGGAAACUGUGGUGCUGCGUCGGUGGGAGAGUAUAACAGGGUAAUUUAGUAUUAUCAACUGAGUAGAAAACGUAAAUUGGCCACCGUAAAGAGUUUAAAGGCUGACAUUUCAAUCGUUAGCCCUUCGUCAAAGCGAUUGGAGGAGACGAGAGGAGAUUCACAUGGCAGUUUCGUGUUUGUGUUGUAACCUCACUCGUGUUUCCCCGUCCUUUUCUAAGUUACCAAAAACUCUGACUGUUGGAAGAUCACAACGACAUUGACUGUCUCUGCCGAAGAUUUUACUUUUGUGGCCAAUGCACAUAUUUUUGAAGAAGAGAUGCUCUUGAGUAAGAAAAAUUUAAUAGAAUGUUAAUCGCGUGAUCAGUUUUGCUGCCCAGCGACUGCACAGAUUGCUGGGACUCUUCUUUGCAUCCUUAUCACGUUUUUAGCAUUCUAAGCGACUGGCGACGAGUUUGGGGGGGGGGGGAAUCUCAUGGUUUUUAGGGGUAACGGAGGGGGGAGUAGUCGUCACCGGCAGAGUAUGACUGGGGGGGGACAUUGAAUGCUAAUUAACUGUUAAUGAGGGGGUUCAUAAGACCGUUACAAAACCUUAUGGGGGGGGAACAGUAAAUUUUUAUCGUGACACAAACAAAAUCCUUUGACUCUACCCCCCUUUCCUAAGGUGAUAGAUUAUGAUCAGCCCCCAACUUUCAUCGCCUGUGAAAAAAUAUGGUGAGGAGUGUAAAGAGUCUGGGUAUGAUGAGCCGUUUAUUUUACCCGUGUAGGGGUGGAGCCAGUAGGAGAGGACUUAGCACGUUGGUCACAGGAGGCCAUCGACCUGUUUGGAGAAUUGACCGCUGACAAGAAGCUAGUAGCUAAACCAAGAGGCCUGGUGGCUAAUCGUAGCCGGUUGACAAACGAAGAAACUAAAGUGUCACUUGAGCUUUAUGACACCUCAGAAGGGAACGAAGACGUGCUUAUUGCCGAUGUCUUGGUUAAUAAGAGCUUGGCGAAGAAAAUUAGCGAAGGCUAAGUUGGAAAUGAAAUAAAAUACUGCAUGCCUUGAAGAGAGCAUCGUCAUCGGCUAUGCACUUGUCAAGGCGUUUGAGAAAAACAGGCAAAUUCUUUGCGAUAGGAAAACAAAUUCCUAUCAAGUACGAGUUCAAUAAGGUUGCUUGCUCGGUGAUGUUGUUACCUCGUAGUUGCCAUUGCAGUCGUUAUUUUCGUUGUCAUGCAGCAAUGGUAUGCGUGACAUGCUAUUGUGCGCGUCAGAUUAGCAGAAACAACCGGAGCAGGAUUUUAAGACGAAGCAACGUUUACUUACGUCGGUUAAACAAGUACUGAGGUAUUGAGAUUGAGCCAAGCUGCUCAAAGCAGCUCUAAAAGAGGUAUUAUGCUCCAGAAUUUCUUUUGCUUUUUUUAGUUUUUUUUCCAGUUACAGUUAGGGAAAGGAUCGCUAGUGUUGAUUUAAUUAAAACCCUUAACUUCAAGAAGUGAUCUACACGUAACUUCUCUCCAUAGUAUCCUAAUGUCAUCUAGAAAAUAGGCAAUGAGAAUCCUCAAACUUACCAGGUUGUAGUUUUCUUCGAUCUAACACCGAACUCUCUUAAAUGGUUUACAAGGAAAUGUGUAGCUGCUAGAGGGGAGAAUUGACGAUUAGAUCUUUGGAAUUGAAGGAUUGAUUAUUUACGGUUUUUUUUAGUCGCUAUUUCUUAAAAUUACCUGCUUUAUGCCAGCUGUUGGAAUGAUCAAUAGAUAUUCAACCCAGCUGUGUUAAAGUCGAAUGAAUAAAGUGGGUAAGUUCUAAAGAAACCGUGAUGCUACGUCGGUAGGAGAGUAUAACAGGGUAAUUUAGUAUUAUCAACUGAGUUAGUAACAUUUUGGCCUCCGUAAAGUGUUUCAUAGCUGGCGUUUCGAGCAUUCGCCCUUCAACAGAGCGUAUGACGCCUCUCGCCUUUCGCUCUGACGAAGAGCUAACGCGCGAAACAUCAGCUUUGAAACUCUUUACGGUGGCCAAUCUACGUUCUCAACUCAGUUGAUAAUAUUAAAUUACCCUGUGUAAAACUCUAGCUUACCUGAACUCCUGUGUACGCUACCAAAGAAGUCCUCUGAGCGCCGUCUUAGCCAGAGUCACGUGCUGCGCGCCUGUGACACGACUCACGAGGAAUCGCGCCUCACGUGCGUUGCUCUUCAAAAUGCCUACCUCAUAGGAAGUCUGUUAAGCGGCUGUCUAAUUUUUCACCAGGCACUAGAAUAUUGGAAUAUUAUUGAUUUGUGAAAGCAUUCUAGUUAGCUUAUUACGUCAAGUCCUAGCUUUUAAUUGUUGUUAUAAAUUUACAAUGUGUAAUUGUAAUGUAAUUGUAAGAUUGUAAAUUUACAAUGUGUUGAGAUUUACUUGUAAAAUCUACUUUGAAAGAAUAAAAGUAUUUUAGUAUUAAAUCUGUCACGAGAUACUCAACAAGAACCAUAUUUUGCUGUGCUGCAAGGUAUCUUUGCUUUCAUUGUAU